AUGGACUAUUUGGCCAGUCACAACAUCUUAUACGACAAAAAGAUGCUCAAAGCAGAAAUCUUCAUGCUUAUUAAAGCACAUAACCCACAAAGCACAUACCUGACAGACGUUGUCGCGGCCGAUAAGGGCCACCAAGUUCUUCGACUUCCAGUUGGCCAUUGCGAACUAAAUCCAAUAGAACUUGUAUUGGCACAAGCGAAAGGCUAUGCUGCAGCGAAAAACAAGGACUUCACAAUGGCAGUAAUUGAGAGAUUGGACAAGGAAGGAAUCCAAAACGUGACUAUUGAGAAGUGGAAGAAGUGCGUUGAUCAUGUAAUUAGGGAAGUAGAGUCGCAUUAUAGAACCCGUGAUGGCAUUGUAGAACAAGCGGUAGAGAGGCUAGUGACAGAAGUAAGUAACAAGAACUCCUCCAGCUCUGAAAGCGAGGAGAUCUUGGUUUCUGACUCUGAAGACGUCAGUAACAACUAUUUGGCUGUCUCACGUUUUCUUAGAAAUGCAAUUAAGGUAAUGAGAUUUACCCUUUAG